CUCGGGGGUUCCUCACUCUUGAAAAGACCAUUCUGUUCCGAGCUGCUCCUCAGCCUCCUCCUCGGCCAUUGAAUCUCAUAAAUUCACUAUAAGCCUGAUUUAGGGCUUUCCAUUGAGUCUAUACACAGCUUCAUCUCCGGGUCAGAGAGCUGGCAGCGGCACCCGUGUCCAUCAUGGUGCCCACGGCCUUUCGUGUCGCGCGAGGCGCCGCGAAUGCCUUCCAAAAGCGCAGCUAUUCAUCGCAGACAUUGGCCCCUAGGCAUCUCAUGUCCAUCGGUGACCUGCAGCCGAGCGAAUUCUCCAGCUUGGUGCGCAAUGCGGCGGCGAGGAAACAGGCCGUCAAGGCCGGCCAGGCGCCGACAUCGCUCACCACGUCGCUCACCGGCAAGACAGUUGCCAUGAUGUUCAGCAAGCGCAGCACGCGAACCCGAGUCUCGACCGAGGCUGCCGUGACUAUACUCGGCGGGCACCCCAUGUUCUUGGGAAAAGACGACAUUCAGCUUGGCGUCAAUGAGUCGCUAUAUGACACGUCUGUAGUCAUCUCCUCAAUGACCUCCUGCAUGGUAGCUCGUGUCGGUCCUCAUUCGGAUGUCACGACCCUGGCCCAGCAUUCCAGCGUGCCCGUCAUCAACGCGCUUUCCGACGAUUUCCACCCGCUUCAGACAAUUGCCGAUUUCCUCACCAUCCACGAGGCGUUCCCCUCGUCAAAGGGCUCCGAUUCCGGCCUCGGCCUAAACGGCUUGAAGGCUGCGUGGGUCGGGGAUUCAAAUAAUGUGCUUUUCGACCUUGCCAUAGGAUGCGUCAAGAUGGGCGUGGACAUUUCUGUCGCCUCUCCUAAAGGCUACGGCAUCCCAGAUUCCAUGAAGCAGCUCAUCCUGUCUGCUGCCAAAGGUGUCUCAUCGCCCGGCAAGCUACUGGAAACCACGGUACCAGAGGAAGCUAUCAAGGAUGCCGAUGUACUGGUCACCGAUACGUGGAUCUCGAUGGGCCAGGAGAGCGAGAAGAAGAAGCGUCUCGAUGCCUUUGCCGGAUACCAGAUCACCAACGACUUGGCUAAGCGGGGCGGCGCCAAGGAAGGAUGGAAGUUCAUGCACUGCCUUCCGCGGCACCCGGAGGAGGUUGCAGAUGAGGUUUUCUACAGUCCGAGGUCACUGGUAUUUCCUGAAGCAGAGAACCGGCUCUGGGCUGCAGUUUCUGCUCUCGAGGGCUUUGUUGUGAACAAGGGACGGCUUUAGAGGAAGUAAGAAGAUCAUAUCCUAGCAGCAUGCAAGGGUCAAAAAAAGGAGAGUGGAGUGCAAAGAUGAUGGCAUCAGCAAUUAGUUCAUUCAAGUUUUACAUUUCAACUAUCAAAUCCGCUACUCGCCAGACGCCAACAGCCGAGGAAGCCCCAGUUGUGAACCAUCUUGGGUGACUUAACCAGGGGGCAGCUGGCUGAUGUCGACAACCUCGUCAGCCUCCUUGACCAGAGGCUCCUCGCUGGGACCGUGCAGGGGCGAUCGGGGCAGUGCCAUCAAGCCAGUGCGAGCUGACUCAAGGAUGCCGAAAGGAGCCACGAGCUUCAGGAAAGAGUCGAUCCUUGACUGCUUGGCAGAUCUAGUGAAUUGUUAGUCUUAGUCGCUAUGUCCGUGAGCAGG